AUGGAAGAAUACAUUGAACAAGAAAAUAUAACAAAAUUUAAUCCACAUACUAGAUUAAGAAGUGAACUGUUAUCGUUAAUCUAUGAUAAUGUGACGAAGUCGUACGAUUUACUUUAUCCAAGUCAUGAUGAUUAUAUAAGGAUGGCAAAACUGAUAGUAAACAAACUUCGCAUUCCUCCAACAUUAGCUAAAAAUUCAAUUAAAGACUGGCACGAAUCAUUAAAACAAAAAUUCAAACGUGAACGUAAACCUUUACAAAUGAAUAAUGAUCUAGUUAAAAGUAAACAAGAUAAAUAUGGCAAUGGUAAAACAAAUGGAAGACCGAAAAAAAAAAGUUUAAUUCUACAAGCUGAACGUCGUACUUUUGAUUUACCAUUGAUUAAUUUAGCUGAUCGACAAAAUGAACAUUUAUUAGCUAUAGUCAAUCAAAUGAAUACAGAACUACUUAAAGAUGAUCCUAAUAAUGAUUUACUUCGUGAUCUUUGGAUACAAUCUUUCAACAUACGACGUCUAUGUAUUCGUGAAUUGGAUAUAGUCGAAAUACUGGAACGUUUUCCCGGUUAUCGUCGUUCAGAAAUGAUUUUGGCUGAAGUAAAAGAAUCUACUGGUAUUGAUAUUGAAGAAAAUGUUAAUGUUUUAUUGCCAAAGUUUUUCGAUCAUAUACCUGAUAAUAAUUGUUUUUUGGCAGAUGUUUUACCUAUUCGAAUUAUUCGUAUUCUAUGUAAACUUUUUGGUGAUACAGUUGUAAAUAUUUUUACAUAUGAGGAAGUACUUAUACCUGGUCCAUGUAUGAAAAUUCUUGAUGAUAAAUUCGAGCUUUAUCUCGAUUUUCACCUCAUAACACAUACUAGUUCCUGUUCUCAAGCACUGGCACUUUUAAUGUCGUUGUAUUAUGUAUUCGAAAUAAAAUUUGGUCAUCAUAACCGCUGUUCUCGUCUUCUUUAUGGUAUUCUCUUCGAGGAUACACAUUAUCUUAAUAAAGCACUCAAGAAUUUGCUUAAUAGUUGGAAAUACAAGAUUGUAAAUCGAUCUUUUGUACGACGACAAGUAGUAGUUACAAAUUUGGUGGAAAGUUUAACUCAACCUUCAACCACUAAUGAACAUGUCUCUUCACCAUCUGAUAUUUCUAAUGAAAGUGCACAUGUACCAAAUGAACAAUCUCAAUCUGAUCGAUAUACUUCAUCUCAAUUAAAUGUCACAAUAUCAAGAAAUAUUGAUGAAGAAAAUAUUAGUGAAGUUGGUGAAGAUGAUUUCACUCAACCAUCAGCUACAGUUGAAGAUCAUAUUUAUCAAUCUUCAACUACUACUCGACAAGCUCUUGCUCCUCUAACAAAUUCAUCAAUAAUAAUUCAGAAUAAAUCAGCUCCAGUAUCUCAUGCUGAAGAUUCUUUCUUAAAUUUAAACUCAAAAGAACUUCAUCAGAUUCAUGCAUCUCAAACAUUUUCAUCGACACAAGAAUUAGAAAAUGAAAUUGAUCCUGCUGCAAAUCCAGAUAAAUCUUCUUCAGCUGUUAGUAGAAAACGCAAAGCAAAAACUCCACGUUCAUCUUCAUCUAUCUCAACACCGAAAACGUCUGCACGACUUGAAGCU